AUGAAUCGAAAAGCCCCGGGCGCCUCGCACGCCUCGUUACUCGGCAGGGCCGGGGCGAAGCCUCCUUGCGACCACCCGAGCGGGUCCCACGCGCCUCCAGACCGCCACGAGGGCCCGUACAGUCCGAACACCAUAUUGAUGCAUCUAAGCUCAGUGCGUGUGGCGUUGGCGGCAGUGUUCGCGCUGGUGCUCGGCGUGGCGGCGGCCUCGCCCCCCGCCCCCCACCACGUGGCGCGCCGCUCCUUCUUCAAGCUGCAGUGCAAGGGCAUCUACGACGCCUCCAUAUUCGCCCGCCUCGACCGCAUCUGCGACGACUGCUACAACCUCUUCAGGGAGCCCUCGCUCUACAACCUCUGCAGGAAAGACUGUUUCACGACAGAUUACUUCAAGGGCUGCGUAGAAGUUCUGCAAGAAACCGACCAGCUCGAACUCUUCAAGACGCAGAAAUGUUUUCAAUCGGAAUACUUCAUGGGUUGUGUGGAGGCCCUGUUACUCACAGACGAGAGGGACGAAAUAGAACAGAUGGUCGACUACGUCGGCAAACGC